AGGAAGAAAUCCAUCAAUCUAUGGAUAUUACAUAUGGUUAUAUGGGGAUGCGUGAAUAUCUUAUUUAUAAUUUUGAAAUUGUAAUUUAUAAUAAUAAGUAUUGUAAAUGAUAUAUUCUGUGCGAAUUAGUGUCUUCAGGUGAAAAUGGCAGUUAAAGUAGCUAUCAUAUCAGAAAUGUUAGUCAAAAGCCCCCUUCACUGCAGUGAGAAAAAGGGGAAGUGACGAAGAAAGGAAAGGCUCAUGCAUUCAUACAUGAGCAAUGGAGAGAGAAAAGAAAGAAAAAUGACAUCUUGUGAAAACCAAGAAUAAAAAUUUUGACAUUUCGGGUGUGUGGGCUUUGGGAUUUCAAUAUUAUAAUUAUCAUAGUUUGUCUUCACAUUCCUUGUCAGAGAACAGUGAAAACUCAUCAAAGUCUAGGACUUUUCAGGUCACCUUCUUCAAUCAAAGAGGACUCCUCUUUAUAUAUAUAUAUAUAUUUUUUUUUUUUUUUGUUCUUUUAAUUUGCCCCCACACCCCCCACCCAUUUUUUACCUGUUUAUGGAUCCCAAGGGCGCCAAGCAGCCUCCAGAGGAAGUAGCCAACUUGUUGAGCCUGCCACCCCAACCCCAACAGCAACAGCCUCAAAACAUGGGAGAGAAUAAAGAAGCAGAAAUCAAGGAUUUCCAGAUUGUGGUUGCAGAUAAAGGAGAAGGGAAGAAGCAACAGUUGGCCCCAAAGAGAAGUUCUAACAAAGACAGGCACACCAAAGUUGAAGGAAGAGGUAGAAGGAUAAGGAUGCCUGCUUUAUGUGCUGCUAGAAUCUUUCAGUUGACCAGGGAAUUGGGUCACAAGUCUGAUGGGGAAACAAUACAGUGGCUGUUACAACAAGCUGAACCAUCAAUAAUUGCCGCCACUGGGAGCGGAACAAUUCCAGCAUCAGCUUUGGCUGCAGCUUGGGGCUCAGUUUCACAGCCAGGGGCCUCUCUAUCAGCAGGGUUGCACCAAAAGAUGGAAGAUUUAGGGGGGUCCAGUAUAGGAUCAGGGAGCAGUAGGACCAGUUGGACAAUGGUUGGUGGCAAUUUGGGAAGACCCCAUCAUGUGGCGACCGGGUUAUGGCCACCAGUCAGUGGUUUUGGGUUUCAGUCAUCAUCUGGUCCGUCUACAACAAAUUUUGGCAGUGAUAGUUCCAAUUAUCUGCAAAAGCUUGGGUUUCCAGGUUUUGACUUGCCAGCUAGUAACAUGGGUCAGAUAAGUUUCACCUCAAUCUUGGGCGGAGCUAAUCAGCAGCUCCCGGGUUUGGAACUUGGGUUAUCUCAAGAUGGUCAUAUUGGGGUCUUAAAUCCUCAUGCUUUGGACCAGAUUUAUCAGCAGAUGGAGCAAGCUCGGAUGCAACCCCAACAUCAGCAUCAGCGCCAGCAACAAACCCCUGCUAAGGAUGACUCCCAAGGAUCGGGCCAGUAAAGUUUUAAACUUUGAGAGCAAGAUGAAAAAGAGUAGGAUUCCUGAGACACAGGAUGGCUUUGUUUUUUCUUGUAAUGGUUCAGUAUUGUAUAAUGGGGAAAACCAAAAAAAAAAAAUAACAAGUGUGAGAGAAAUGGAUACUUUUCCUCUCAGAAAUCUAUGGGGACUAGAUUGAGUGGCUUCUUUCUUUCUGCACUGCUUCACCCAAGUUUCCAUUACAGAGGUGGAGCUUUGCGCAUCUCAGUAGCUUGGAUUUGGGCUCAACUUCUUGUUUGAUCCAGGGUGUGUUGAUUGUGAUGCAAGGCAAAUCUAAUUGUUUUCUUCUUCACUACGUGUGGAUAGAUUGGCAACGGUUUGUUUGUGAAAUUAAAAAUAGGAAUUCACAGUAAUACAUGUCCAGUUUCUUGUUAGAUGAAGUAAGAUUUCUUGUUUCUCUAAAAGAA